GUCAAAUUUACAUGGUGAAAUCAACAGCUAGUGUUACUUUGUUUUGUUCCUCUUGCAUGGCCUCCCUCUGCCUCUGCAAUUCUGUCUAGUCACAGAACGGCCAGGCUCCCCUUCUGUUACAAGAGGAUGAGAUGAGAUGAGAUAUGUCCUCUCCUCUCGCCCUCUUUGUAUGAAGCAUUUGAAAUCCACAGGUCUGCAGUGGCUGAAGGAAGAGGGAUGAUUAUGAGAUGAGAUAUGUCCUGUCCUAUCGCACUCUUGUUUGCUACAAUUUCACCAAAACGUUGCCUUAUUAUUAUCAUCAUUCUUUCUAAUCAAAACGUACCCUAGAGUUUGUUUUCUCAAUCAUAUUACCUUUGGAAAUUGGAACUGUUAUUUCAUGAGAACUGCAAAUCAACUUCAAUCUAACAUGAUUUGGUUGCAACUUUGUCUUGUUUAACAGGUGACAGCACUGUAGUGUUUAGAAUAAUGCUACAACUAUGUGAGCUGAUUUACAAAUCAUGUAUGUAGCAUGAGUAAACUAAACUUGAUAUGUUAAGACUUAACAGGUAAGGUCCAAAGGUAUUGUCGGUACAAAAAGAAAGUUAGUAAUAAAUCAUAGUGAAGUUAAUUUUUCUUAUCGAUAGCGUGUUUGUGUAAAAUGCCCCAGGAUAUGCGAUAUGCAUCGACUUGUGCUUUGCUAGCGAUGGUUAUUAUUUGUGGGGGCUGCUGAGACAUUGCUGCUCUGGCCAGGCCCUUCCACUGACACUGAAUAUUUAAUGUUAAGGGAAGGGCUCUCACUCAAAUUAUUGGGGCAUCCAUGUCCUCUUCUGUUUCCCAUCUUCCAACUGCUUCCUUCCUUCCCACUGCACACCAUUCACCAUUACUUACUUCUUCCCCUAGCUCCCUCAAGCUUAAUUUCCUUCUGUUAAGUUUACCAUCCAUGGCUAGCUUCUGCGAAGCUAUUCAGAUCUCACUCUCUUCCUUGCCAGUGCUUUUGAAUCCAGGCCAGCCCAGACUAGACCCCACUUGUUCAAUUCGAUUAAAUCAGAAACCGAGCCUAGUUAAAUUGGAUUUUGUACUGUAUAUCAACUUGAUAUUUGAAAUUACGUACCUGCUGCUUUCCAUUUAAUAAAAACCCCAUUUCUCUCUUGUAAGUUUUAAUUCUCUGACGACCAAACCGUGAACAAGAAAGACAGAAAAGUAAAAGUUUAAAGAAUCGAAAGCAUCAACUUCUGCAGCUGGUUUCUCCCCCAAAGUCGCAGCUGGAAUACGAAUGGAGUCAAUUCCCGGUUCGAAGGUGACCACUAUACAGCGACGCCGCUGGAAUACGCAUGGAGUCAAUUCCCGGUUCGAAGGUGACACUAUACAGCGACAAGAUCCAGUGGAGCAAGUCUUACUUCAAAGUGUUGAAAAGGCAGCAGUCAACGGAGAGCCAAAUCUUUGACCAUCAACUGAAGAUACCGACCUUUUUUGCUUCCUCCUCGACUAACCGGUCCAACCGACCCGAAUUCGUCAAAUUAGCUGAACCAGUUAGUUCGGUCAGCUCAGUUUUUAAACUUGACAUUUCAGUGGUAAUAUACGGUCGACACGUGUCUGAGGACCCUCCUCCUCUGCUCCUAUUUAAAAGCGCCCCUCCUCUGCUUCUCCCUCCAUUGCCAUUUCGAAGAAGAAGAAUCCAACGAAACAACAGCUGCACUCCAUUUCAGCCACCACCUCCAUUAACGACCUCAGAGAUGUGCAACCCAACUGCUACUGCACGUCCCAAGGCUCAUCUUUUGGCCACCCAUGACGAUCUGCAUCGCCAUCCCACUCUCUCCGAGUUGGCGGAGGAGAUGCGCGAGAUUGGGAAGAUCUCGGUGCCGGCGGCGGUCACCGGCCUGAUGCUGUAUUCGCGCGGAAUGAUCUCGAUGCUGUUCCUCGGGUACCUCGGCGAGUUGGAGCUCGCCGCCGGGUCGCUGGCGAUCGGGUUUGCUAAUAUUACUGGUUACGCUGUGCUCUCGGGGCUGGCGAUGGGGAUGGAACCCAUCUGCGCGCAGGCCUUCGGCGCCGACCGGCGGCGGCUCCUCGGCCUCACCCUGCAGCGCGCCACCCUGCUCCUCCUCUCCGCCUCCCUCCCGAUCGCCUUCCUCUGGUUUAACGCCCGCACCAUCCUCCUCCGAUGCGGGCAGGACGCGGAGAUUGCGACGGCAGCGCAGGUGUUCGUCGCGGCAGCCUCGCCGGAUCUCCUCCUCCUCUCCUUACUACACCCGCUUCGAGUCUUCCUCCGCUCCCAGAACAUCACCCUCCCAGUCACCUACUGCUCCUCCUUCUGCGUCGCGCUCCAUGGCCCGCUCACGUACCUUCUCGCCGUUCGCCUCCGCCUCGGCAUAACUGGCGUGGCGGCAGCCAUGGUGUGGACCAACCUCAACCUCCUUGUUUGCCUCCUCCUCUUCCUCCUCCUCUCUGGCGCAUGCCGCGAUACGUGUCCCGGCGGUGGAGGCGGCUUCCUCUCGGGCGAAUGCUUCCGCGGGUGGCCAGCGCUGCUCCGCCUUGCGGCGCCAUCUUGCGUCUCCGUCUGCCUAGAAUGGUGGUGGUACGAACUGAUGAUCCUCCUCAGCGGCCUGCUUGCGCACCCCCGCGCUGCCGUGGCCUCCAUGGGCAUCCUCAUCCAGACUACCUCCCUCGUCUACGUCUUCCCCAACGCUCUCAGCUUCGGCGUCUCCACCCGCGUCGGCAACGUCCUGGGCGCCAAUCGCCCGGCCAAGGCCCGCGACGCCGCCGCUUCCGCCCUCGCCGCCGCCCUCGCCCUCGGCCUCGCCGCCACCGCCUUCACCGCCUCCAUGCGCCAUCAGUGGGGGCGCCUCUUCACCCGCGACCCCGAAAUCCUCCACCUCACCACUCUUGCGCUCCCCAUCGCCGGCCUCUGCGAGCUCGGCAAUUGCCCGCAGACCGCCGGUUGCGGAGUCCUCCGCGGCAGCGCCCGCCCUGCCACCGGCGCCAACAUCAACCUGGGCUCCUUCUACUUGGUCGGCAUGCCGGUGGCAAUUCUCCUCAGCUUCGUUGGAAAAAUGGGCUUGCCGGGGCUGUGGCUGGGGCUCCUUGCAGCGCAGGCAACGUGCGCCUCGCUUAUGGCCGGCGCCGUAGCCAGAACAAAUUGGGCAACAGAGGCAGAGCGCGCCAGACGCUUAACCGACUCUUCUUCUUCUCCUUCAAUCAUUCCAAUUACUAAUUCCAAUGAAAUAACUCCAAUAACUACUCUGUCUCUCAUCUCCGUGGAAGCCGAGAAGACGAAGACCACCCCAACCCUUGAAGACAUUCUAACCAUCAUUAAUGGUGAUCCAGAAACAGCUCCUCUCAUUCUCCCUCUCCCUCUCCCUCUCCCUCUCCCUGUGAAUUAAAUUCUUUUCCAUUUUUGUGGUUUUGAUCAUGAUAUAGUUUGCAAGCUUAUCUAAUUCCUCUAUUAAUUUUCUCAUCA